AUGGGUGUAAGGCCAAACUUCUUGAUUGUUGUUGCUGAUGAUUUAGGUUUCACUGACACCAGUCCAUUCGGAGGGGAGAUCGAUACUCCAAAUUUGAAAAGAUUAUCAGAAAAGUCAGCAAGAUUCACUGAUUUUCAUACUGCUUCAGCUUGCAGUCCGACCCGUUCAAUGCUUUUCACUGGUAAUGAUAACCAUAUUGCGGGAUUGGGACAAAUGGCAGAAUUUGCGAUGCGUCAUCCUGAUAAAUUUGAAGGUAAACCGGGAUACGAAGGGUAUUUAAAUGAUCGAGUAGUAAGUUUACCAGAAAUCUUAAACGAUGGUGGAUACUAUACUUUUAUUUCUGGGAAAUGGCAUUUAGGUCUUUUGAAAGAAUAUUGGCCAUUUACAAGAGGCUUUGAAAAAUCUUUUACUUUAUUACCUGGUGCUGGUAAUCAUUAUAAAUAUAUACCAAAGGACAAGGAGGGUCCUGUCAAAUUCAUGCCAUUUUUGUAUGCAGAGGAUGAUCGGGAAGUAGAUGCUGAAAAGGAAUUACCCGAUGAUUAUUAUUCAACCGACUACUUCACCGAAAAGGGUCUUGAAUUCCUUAGUCACGAGAAGAGAGGCGAUAGACCGUUUUUUGGCUGUUUGACUUACACUGCUCCUCAUUGGCCAUAUCAGGCGCCAGAAGAGGUAAUUAAAAAGUAUAAGGGUAGAUAUGAUGAUGGUCCAGAAGAGUUAAGAAAGCGCAGAUUAGAAAGUGCUCUUAAAGCAGGCGUGAUACCAGAUGGAACUCCUCAUCCCAUCAAAACUAUCCAUAAAAGGUGGUCAGAUAUAGAUGACGAUGAAAGAGCCAAGGAAUCUAGAAUUAUGGAAGUCUAUGCUGCCAUGGUGGAAAUUUUAGACAGGAACAUUGGAAAGGUUUUGGAUGCAUUGGAGAAGUCAAGCGAAUUGGAAAAUACCUUUAUUCUAUUCAUGUCAGAUAAUGGAGCAGAAGGUAUGUUGAUGGAAGCAUUACCUCUAAGGAUUUUGAGAAUUAGAACUGCAAUUGAAAAUCAUUAUAAUAAUGAUCUUAGUAACAUUGGCAGGAAAGAUUCUUUUGUCUACUAUAAUGAUCAAUGGGCUCAAGCAGCCACUGCUCCACAUUCCAUGUACAAGAUGUGGGCUACCGAAGGGGCUAUUGUCUGUCCCUUAAUACUUCAUUAUCCACCCUUAAUAAAUAAUUCCAAUUUUGAAGGGAAAGUGGCUCAUGAGUUCACUACGGUUAUGGACAUCUUGCCUACUGUUUUGGAGCUUGCUGGAAUUCAACAUCCAGGUAAUGAGUAUAAGGGAAGAAAGGUCCAUACACCUAGAGGGAAAUCAUGGGUUAGCUAUUUGAGAGGAAAGCAAGAUCAUAUUCACUCUGAAGAUACGGUAACUGGCUGGGAACUUUUUGGUCAACAAGCGAUUAGAAAAGGUAAGUAUAAGGCGGUUUAUAUACCAAAGCCAUUUGGUGAUUCCGAAUGGCAGUUAUUCGAUAUCAAAGCAGACCCAGGAGAGACAAAAGACCUUGCUAAAGAAGAGUCAGGUAAGUUAAACGAAAUGCUCACUCAUUGGACAGACUACGUUGCAGAGACAGGCUUGAUUGAACUUGGUUCUGACUUCUUCGAACAUGAGAAAAUUCACGAAGAAGACGAUGUCGUUUACAAUACAAUAGAAGAUCAAUAA